AUGGCGGGCAAGGUACCUUCGAUAUGCUGUAUUGGCUACAUCGGCAAGCAUAACAACCCGUUGCACAUCUCGCUCUUCCCGGCAGGAGAAAGAGCGCCUCUAGAAUUCCAGUUCCUUCUCUCGUCGUGUCUGGAUAUCUUCGAGGCUCGACUUCCCUUCAAGACAGCAGACCAGGACUUUGGGCUCCUGCAGGCAGUUGAUGAAAGACUGGCUAUGUACGGCUGGCUGACCAACACUGGCGUCAAGAUCGUGGUCGUGGUCGAUAUGGAGGGCAGACCAGCAACAGCAUUGGACAGCAAGGCAGCAACAGCAGUGGGACUACGAGACGCAGAUCUCAAGCCUGCUUUCAGAGCGUUGCAGACAGCAUACAUAAAGCUGCUGCGGAAUCCGUUCUACAACCCGGACGAGCACUCACCAGUCACAGCCAAUACGGAACAAAAGAUUGGCUCCACACAAAUCACCAGCCGGAGUUUUAUUCAGGAAGUAAAGCGAAUAGCAGAAGCAUGGGUCCCAGGCAUUACCAACCUAUGA